GGGCUGGCCAGGCUGAGAUUCGUGGACAAUCUGACAAGCUCAGGGACACUAACUAGGGACCUUCAGAACGUCUUGGCUUUGUAGCAGGGAAUUCAGACUACUGACACCCAGCAGGAGAGAAGCAUGCCGUCCUUGUCCAACCUGACACAGGUCCUGGAGGGCGCCUUCAAGAAGAUUUUUAUUACUUAUAUGGACAACUGGCGCAGAAACACCACAGCCGAGCAGGAGGCCCUGCAAGCCAAGGUUGACGCUGAGAACUUCUACUACGUCAUCCUGUACCUCAUGGUGAUGAUCGGAAUGUUCUCCUUCAUCAUUGUAGCCAUUCUGGUGAGCACCGUGAAAUCCAAGAGACAGGAGCACUCCAACGACCCCUACCACCAGUACAUUGAGGAUGACUGGCACCAAAAGUACAAAACCCAAAUUAUGAAUCUAGAAGAUUCGAGGUCCACCAUCCACGAGAACAUAGGUGCAACAGGGUUCAAAAUCUCCCCUUGAUCAGCAAGAAAGACCCAAAGCCAACACCUGGCAUCCAGAUCGGAAGAUAUGCCAGUGUGGUGAGGGAGGCGGUUAAAUGAUUAUUUCUUAUAAGAAUGUUCUUUGCUCGCUAUUGAAAUUUUUUCAUGACGGCCAUAUAGCAGGUCAACUAAAAUGAAUGGCAUUUCAAUUUCAGUGAUUUAGCUUUGUUCUUGGGAGCAAUAUUUCCUGCUGAAGACCUCUCUUAUGUUCUACACAAUGUAUUUGUCUCUCUAAUCAGUGUCAAUGAUGAAA